AACAGAUUGACAAAUUACUAGUACAUGUAGUUCGACACGACUUUGACAAGCCGUCUGCGUGUGUCGGUCAGCUAGCUUUGUGUCUGUUUUCAAGCGGCGCUAAUUGUAGACAGAUUACAGCGUAAAUUUAGUUUGUGUGAACAGUGGAAUCGAAGUGGUCACGACCUCUCUGAUGAGAACAAGUUGUAUCUAUGCCAGCUAAUAAUCGGGACGUUUCAUAAACGAACAGAAGUUUGUGCGGAAAUGGUACCUUGUUACUUUUUUAUUUUCUCGGCAUUGUGUCUUUGGGGAGUGAAUUCUAAAAAUGCUCUACUCAUCAUAGAUGUCCAAGACUGCUUUCUGAAAGGUGGUAAUUUGGCAGUGCCAGGAGGCAAUGAUAUCAUACCAGUUAUCAACAGCAUCAGGAAUGAUUACAAGAACAGCUUAGACUUGGUCGUAUUCUCCCAAGAUUGGCAUUGUUCUGAUCAUGUUUCGUUUGCCUCUCAACAUACAGGAUAUCAACCCGGUCAAACAAUUAAUUUAACUUAUAACUCACAAGGUGAGCUGUGUUACGGUGAAGCGGUUGGUAGCGAGUUCGUUUAUGCCGUUAAUUGUUCUACGGUAUCUACCCAUGUCAUUCAAACAUUAUGGCCAGACCACUGUAUUAAAAAUAUCUCACAAGGACCUACCUCAUCCAAGUUAGACCCCGGUUUGAUCCGAGAAGAUGCCGAUGUCAUUAUUUACAAAGGACAGAAGUGUGGGAUUGACGCCUAUUCAGCCUUCUAUGAUAAUGCGAAGAUAACCCAAACUCGACUCAACUCUGUUCUUAAAGACAACGAAAUAACGAGAGUAUUUAUUACAGGGAUGGCCUCUGAUUUUUGUGUAUAUUAUACUGCUUUAGACGCUAAAACCCUUGGUUAUGAAACGUUUGUGGUGAAAGAUGCUGCACGAGGUGUAGCUAAUGAGAGUAUUGCGGCCGCUGCACGGGACAUGACAACUAAAGGCAUUAACCUGAUCCUGUCAACAGAUUUAAAGGAAUCUUUAUCAACAAGCAGUGGGAAUAUCAUAGUACCAACAUGUAUCUACAUGUAUUUAAUUACAAGUUAUAUUUAUAUAUAAAACUAUGAAAACAGAAAAUGGUUGGCGUUGUAAGUCCACACUAUUAAUAAAUAUGUAAUCCUCUAAUACGGUUACAAUGUCUAUGACUCCUCCCACCCCCUACACUUUGUUCAGUGUAUUAUAUAUUUAGUUACGUUUACAAGAAUGCAGAUAAGCUUAAAUGUUAUAUAUACCUAGGGAUGAGGCGUGGGGCGUGGGCACACCUCUUGUGCCGUGAGGGGAAUAUUGCCCGGACAUCUUCGCAACGGUCUACACUUACUUGGAAACCCAACUGUUAAGGAUUCUUUUACGUGCACGCCAUGAUAAUGAUCUUGCUAAAAACAAAUAUGUAUCAAUUAGUAACAUACAAAAAGGCACAUUAUGAUAACGUGCAUGCUUAUUAUUUUAUAAAUUAGUAACAUACAAAAAGGAACAUUAUGAUAACGUGCAUGCUUAUUAUUUUAUAAUUUAGUAACAUACAAAAAGGAACAUUAUGAUAACGUGCAUGCUUAUUAUUUUAUAAUUUAGUAACAUACAAAAAGGAACAUUGUGAUAAUUCGCAUGCUUAUUAUUUUAUAAUUUAGUAAUAUACAAAAAGGCAUACUAUGAUAAUGAUCUUACUUAUUAUUGUAUAAUCUAGUAACAAACAAAAAGGCAUAAUAUUUAUGAAAAUGAGCAUGCUUAUUUUUUAUAAUUUAGUAACAUACAAAAAUGCAUAAUAUUUAACAUAAUGAGCAUGCUAAUUUUUUAUACUUUAGCAACAUAGAAAAAUAACUAAAAUAUACUUAUCAUAAUUAGCAUAAUUAUUUUUUUUUAAAUUUAGCAACAAAGAAAAAUAAAUAUUAUAUAAUUUUCGGUCACAUUUUUCAAUAUUUGGACAAAAGGACUAGAUCGAGACUACCAAUCGAUUAUAACACGGGCCUUAUGGGAUUAUUUGUUUAAUGUGGGUGAUAUCCAUCUUUAUUAGAAAUAGCACGUCUGUAGGUUAAAUAGGCUAGUGUUUGAAUAGCUUUAUUUAACGUCCGCUUCCACCGAAUUGAUAUCGCAGACAAGUGCUUCUGGUGUUCGUUUUACGUCCGCUUCCUAAGAGACUUGCCUGAGGAGUAGGGUCGCCCGUUCAACCUCGUGGGUUUUCUCCGGGUCCCCCGGUUUCCUUCCAUUGCCAAAGACCCCCUACGUACAACCGAAUUAAUGAAACAAUAAAAAAAAAACAGUGAACCAUAUGUUAGUCACGAUAUAACCUAGUUUGUGUUGAGUGCACGUAAAACACAAUUUCACUCUCUCUAACCACUUUCUAUACAUAAUAAACACAAGGUUAGAAUCUUGAUCACGUGUGUGAUUUGAUGACAAAUAUAUUUAUUAGUAUAAGGCCUAAGUUUGUAAAUCAAUGAUAUCAGGUUAACAGUGGAACAAACAUAUAAAUGACACGUCUAAAACAAAUAAAUCUCAGACAAUCUGGCGAUUUAUAAGUCCUUUAACAAGAAUUUUUAACAGACAUACCGUCAUGCGUGGGUGGAUGAUGGCAGUAUACACCUCCAUGCAUUCUGGGUGUAAAAAAGUAUGGUCACUUAUAGGAACUGUUAAAAGCUUUACAAUUUAAAUGAUAUAAUUGAGACUACAGGAAUCGCGAAGUACAUUCUUUCAUUGUAUUCUUAAGAAGGUAAUUUAAUUGUGUUUAACGAAGUAAUUUUACGAUAAAUGUCCACUGUUUUUAAAAUUCCAUUCAUUAUAUUUGUACACUAUAUACAACGCAUGGUAUUGGUGAAUAAAUAAAUUAAUAUAUAGUUA